AUGCUUAAAAUCCCAGGCUUUUCUUCACGCGCUCGGUCUCCCUCUCCUGGCGAGGGUCACCGGCACCGUUCGCGCAGUCGCAGAUAUUCUCCACCCAGAGAGAGAAGUAGAAGUCGAGGCGGAAACCCUAGUUCUCAACUUUACCGCGACUCUGAUUCAGCAGAAGACUAUCCGCGCCUAUCAACCAAGCGGCCCACCGCCAAGGGGCGCUACGAUCUCUCUGACGAUGAGAGAUAUAGAAGCGAUCAUCGAAGAAGCAGAGGGCAUCGCCCAUCACAAAGCCAGUAUGAGCUUUCCGACGAGGACCGGGAGGCACCCAGGUAUAACAGGACCCCACUAAAAAGCGACAGAGAUGGCCGGCAUCAAGUCAGCUUCGAGCCGGGCCGCAACCUUGGAAGCGCGAGCCAAGCAAUUCGCCCCCCUGCAUCCUCUCGAUAUCACGAAUACUCCGAUAUCUACACAGACUCGGACGAGGAAGGACUGGCAUACGGGGAUUCGUAUUCUGACUAUGUGCUAUCCGGCAGUGAGCGCCUGCCCCAGCGUCAUGGUGGAGACCGAAUACCUGCAGGCAAAGCCUACGACUCUGAGUCAAGUGACGAGUACACACGCCGGUAUGCACGUGAGCCUGCAGCCCGUUCCACGGAUGCGUCCUUCAAUUACCAGAACCAGUCGAACUAUGAGCAAACACUUCACGAUACCUAUGCACCUGGCAGCAGAGAUGCGUUUGCCACCAGGUCCCAAGCAGAACAGCCGUAUGUCCCUUCACAGACCCGGUAUCAAGACAAAGGGAUAGAUGAAAGUGAAUGGCCAGAAAUUCCGGAAUGUGAACGCCCCGAUUUCAUUCCUCCCAAGGAGCCGAACUACAACUAUGCCUCAGCCGCUUCCCACAAGGAUCAGCAGCCUACCCCUCCUCCAGCUCCAAUCCAAUCUGUUACACCGACAGCAGCGGCUUCACAGUAUUUCUUCAAGUCUGCUGCUGCAUCAGAUCAUGAACGGCCUCCACUCCAUGGUCCUCAAUAUCCUAUAAUCCCUCCUGCGCAAUAUGUCCCACCAGAGCACUAUCCAAACAUGAGUAAGCCGGCUCAGACACCGCCAAAGUCAGCCUCUCCACCUAGCCAAUAUGUUUCACCAGAGCACUAUCUAAAAAUGGCCGAAGCAUCUAGACAUCAAGUCCCCGCACAACACUACUCUGGUAUAAAUAAGUCAACCCCGCUACGAAGCCCUAAUACUCUUCCUACAGCGCGCGUCAGUGGCCACCAACGAGCCCUUUCUACAGGCAACGCCCCAAAUGGUUCGCUACAAUAUAUUACCACUCCUCUACAGUAUCGGUAUGCCCAGCCAGACCCAAAUAUUAAAUACACAUCAAAACCUGUGGUACAACCAGCAACAACUACUUCUGCGACACCAAUUGAUACACAGGACUCCAAUGAACGCCCUGGGAGAGUUGAUUAUGUGGAAAUGAUACCCCAAGCAACCCGACGAACACAUGCCCCUCGCCCACAUAGUAUGUCUACAUCCGCUGUACCCGGUGAAAUACCCAUGACCAGCGAAUUUGUCGGCGGUAGGCCUCUAGCUAGCCCCUUACUGGAGCCAUACCAUGGAACAUAUCAGAGCAUCUCCCCAAUGCCUUGGCCAGCUAAGUACCAGGGUAUGGAAGAAGACUUUUCAGAUCUUGAACUGAAUGGAGGUGCAUCAGGUCCGGGAAAGGGGAAGGAUAGAAAAUUGAAUACCGAAAAAUUGAAAUUAAAACAUGGUUUUCAUAAUGCUGAGCCAUUUCGUCCACAAAAGGUUUCCUUAGAAUCAAUGCGAAGCACGUUAAUAUAUAACCCGAAGGGCGAUGCUAAGACUUUGAAGGCAGCUUUGACACAACACAAAGUGGAUCCCAAACCUUUACAGGCAAUACUCCCAUAUCUCACUGGCAAUGAAAUUGACGCAUUACGUGCAGAGUACAAGACCAUAGUCAAAAUGACGGGUCAUGGUGUCAAUCUAGCCAAACAUAUCGCACUUCGGGUGCCUGGGAACCUGGGGAAAGCCUGCCAUGCAACUGCCCUUGGGCCGUGGGAGUCAGAGGCAUACUGGGCAAAUUUCUGGUAUCGCUCAAACUCCUCGCGGCGAGAAUUGUUAAUCGAAGCACUCACCGGCAGAACGAAUUCAGAAAUUUCCCGCAUUAAAAAGUGCUUCAAAGACAAAAGAUAUGGAGACAGUUUGGAAAAGUGCCUGAAAGCGGAAUUGAAGCCAGAUAAGUUUCGCGCUGCUAUUCUACUUGCGUUGGAAGGGAAGCGGCAGGAUGAUAUGGCCCCACUCAACCCCGAGCUUGUGCGCAGUGACGUCCAGGAGCUGCAUCGCGCAGUAGUAGCGAGUGACGGUGGGGAGUCGGUAAUGAUUCAGAUCAUUAUGGUCAGAGGCAAUACGCAUCUUUGUGAAGUGAUGCGGGUCUUUGAAAAUCUUUUUGGCCAGAGUCUUGGGAAAGCUAUAAUCAAGAAGUCUAAAAAUCUUGUUGGUGAGACUCUUCUGCACGUUUUGAACGGCGCACUCAGUCGACCCACACGCGACUCGUUGUUAAUUCACCACGCCAUUGCUGAAUCUGGCCGCGACCGCGCGGAGCUUCUCAUCUCCCGACUUGUCCGCAUGCACUGGGACGCCAGGCAUAUGGAGCGGGUUAAAGUGGAAUACAAGCGGAAAUACGGGAAGUAUAUAGAAGACCAUAUUGCCGAGAAAAUCGUCGAUCCCGGUGCAGGGAAGAGUGACUGGGCUGAGUUUUGCAUUGAGUUGGUGAGGAGUUCAAGUGUUCACACUCUGGAUGAAGAGUAUGCAAGGUGA